UAUUUAUUGGUUCGUGCGGAGGCGGAGUCCAAGAGGUAAGAAGAGUGGAGAAAGGAAUUGGAAGAGAGAAUCUGAUCAGAACAGAGUUGUUGAGAGAACCGCGUUCUGUUCUGAUUCGCCAAGAAUUCAACGAUCCAAACGCAAUCGGAAGCAAUCGGUUAAUUGCUUCCGGCGAUGACAAUGGCUUCGGAGAUUGAAAUUUCUCCGGCCGACGCUCGCAAGGCUCCCGGCAAAGAGCAGCAAGCGGCCGGCGUCGGAAUCCUUCUGCAGAUCAUGAUGCUCGUCCUGUCCUUCGUCCUCGGUCACGUUCUCCGUCGCAAGAAGGUUUACAUCAUCCCCGAAGCCAGUGCUUCUCUUCUCAUAGGGUUAAUUGUUGGCAUUCUAGCAAACAUUUCGGACACCGAGACUAGUAUCAGGGCGUGGUUUAAUUUUCACGAGGAGUUUUUCUUCCUGUUCCUGCUACCUCCUAUCAUAUUUCAGUCCGGGUUCAGUCUCGCACCUAAACCCUUUUUCUCGAAUUUUGGAGCAAUAGUCACAUUUGCUAUAUUCGGCACCUUUAUAGCUUCAAUUGUUACCGGUAUCUUGGUUUAUCUUGGUGGUUUGCUCUUUCUAAUGUAUAAGCUACCUCUCGUAGAGUGCCUGAUGUUUGGUGCUCUUAUAUCAGCUACUGACCCUGUAACUGUUUUGUCCAUAUUCCAGGAGCUGGGCACUGAUGUCAAUCUAUAUGCCUUGGUUUUUGGGGAAUCCGUUUUGAACGAUGCAAUGGCAAUUUCUCUGUACAGGACAAUGUCAUCUGUUAAAGCUCAGCCAUCUGGACAAAAUUUAUUCAUGGUGGUUGUUCGGUUUUUGGAGACUUUUGUUGGGUCAAUGUCAGCAGGUGUUGGUGUUGGAUUUAUAUCUGCUUUGCUAUUUAAGUAUGCAGGAUUAGAUAUUGACAACCUUCAGAACUUGGAGAGCUGUCUAUUUGUCCUUUUCCCAUAUUUCUCGUACAUGCUUGCUGAAGGCCUUGGUCUGUCUGGUAUUGUUUCAAUACUGUUCACUGGAAUAGUCAUGAAGCACUAUGCGUAUUCCAAUUUGUCACAAAGUUCUCAAAGAUUUGCUUCAGCCUUCUUCGAGUUGAUAUCAUCUUUAGCUGAAACAUUUGUAUUUAUAUACAUGGGCUUUGAUAUUGCUAUGGAGCAACAUAGCUGGUCACACGUUGGAUUUAUAUUCUUCUCCAUUAUAUUUAUUGGAAUUGCAAGGGCUGCAAAUGUCUUUUCUUGUGCUUAUUUAGUCAAUCUGGUCAGACCCAGUCAUCGAAAGAUACCUCCAAAACAUCAGAAGGCACUUUGGUAUAGUGGACUUCGAGGAGCAAUGGCUUUUGCGCUUGCUCUGCAAUCCGUUCAUGAUCUUCCAGAAGGACAUGGACAGACCAUCUUUACUGCAACUACUGCAAUAGUUGUCUUGACGGUAUUGCUAAUUGGUGGUUCAACAGGUACCAUGCUGGAAGCUCUAGAUGUUGUAGGUGGUGAUAAUGAUAGCCCUUUGUCUUCAGUUGGUACUAUUACAAAUUUUGAUGGAAACAAUGGUUAUAUUGCUCCUCCUUACAAUGAAGAGUCAUCUUCAGGGAACAAAAUCAAGAUGAAGCUAAAAGAAUUCCACAAGAGUGCUGCAUCCUUUACAGCAAUUGAUAAAAACUACCUCACCCCAUUCUUUACAGUUCAAAAUGGAGAUGAAGAUGAUGAAGCCGAGCCUUUUACAUCGGGAUUUCAUGGGCAGAACCGUUAUUCGACAUGAUUCCUUCCAGACAACAUACUGCAUGCGCUUUUGUACAGAAUUUCCGUUACGCAAUUUAUAGAUAGCUCGUAGGAAUUGGCACGAUACAGGGAUCGAAUUUACCUCCUACAUUAUUCCGACUUGUACGAUUGAGAAUGUGAAAUCUCAUUAGGUUGGAGUUUGGACAACAUCAUCUCGGCAGAUGUAGCAUAUUCCAGGCACUUGAUAAUUUGGAUCUCACCACCACACAUGCAUUUAUACAGGUUUUCUUACUUAGAGAAAAUUCUUGUUCA